GUAGUCAUCUCCACAACACAAGGUUCACACAGUCCCGAUGUAGCCAACAAUUACAUCUUCAACAGGUAUCUGUUAGGUCGGGUCAAUGUGAGCUGUGAUGCCACACAACACAAUGUGACUCUCAGGAUCAACUCCGCCGCAGACAAUGGAUCCAGGUGGCAGUGUGUGGAUAAUGUCAACACUCAGAUGAGCAAUACGAUGGCGAUAUAUGUGACUGUUCCCCAGUCAACACACUCUGCAUCAGUUUCUACAGUUUCUACAACAACCACAACAGCAUCAUCAUCGUCGGCGUCAAUAAUUCCCCCAGGUGACACUAGUAUGUCCAUCAGUACUCCCCCUGUGACAACGACACGGCAGUGUCCAGCGUGUGUUACCUCCUCCAGUGGCGUCUACGUAGCAGCUGGAACUGUUGGCGGUGCUGUGUUCGGCAGCGUCGUCACUGUCGUUGUCGUCGCCCUGUGGACGCACAACAAGAACAAGACCAAAGAUGCCCAAACUACAAACGUUUACGCCUCUACAUCAGCGUACGAGGACGUCGAUCACCAAUACGCCAUGGCUCCGAGGCAGUACGUCAACACCGUGGAGGGUGCAGAGACACCACACUACGUGAAUACAGAAAGGGAUACAGGAGACACAGCCUACUACAACACUACACAGUGAACACC